AUGGUUCCAUGUCCAGGUUUCAGCCAUCUAAUCCCACUCGUACAGCUUGCAAAACGACUAGUCGUUCAUCGUGCUCACUUCCACGUCACUCUCUUCAUCCCAACACUUGGCCCUCCCUCCAAAACUACAUAUUCCAUCCUUCAAUCUCUCCCUCCUCACAUAGAUUUCACUAUUCUUCCACAAGUGAAUCAAAACGACAUCCCUCAAAGUGCUGUCCAUCCAGCAACACAAAUCCAUCAUACUGUGAUGCUGUCUCUUCCAUCAUUUCAAGAUGCUUUUAGGUCUUUGAAUUCUCGAACUCACCUUUUUGCCAUGAUUGCAGAUUUGCUAUCAGUGGAUGCAUUAGAAAUGUCCAAGCAAUUCAACCUCAAGUCAUAUAUUUACUAUGCUUCAGGAGCAACUUCGUUGUGUUUCUGCCUUAAUUUUCCUGAACUUCACCAAGAUCACGACAAGGUUUCUACAGGCUUCCGAGAGCUAUCGUUGCAUAGCUUUUCAUGGGGCAAGGAUAUUCCUGACAUAGUUCAAGAAAGAUCAAGUGAAUCCUACGAAACAAUUCUUCACAUCUGUAAACGGUUCAAUUUUGCAGAUGGUAUCAUAGUGAAUAGCAUCUUAGAACUAGAACUAGAGAUAGAAUUAGCAACCGCAAACAUGUUAGCCACCGAUUGUUUAACAUGGUUAAACAAUCCGCCACAAAACUCAGUUCUAUACAUCUCUUUUGGGAGUGGUGGAUCACUGUCACAUGACCAACUUCGCCAACUCGCCUUAGGAUUAGAGAUAAGUGGCCACAAGUUUUUGUGGGUUGUGAGAGCUCCAAGUGAGUUUGCCUCUUCAGAUUAUUUGAGGGCCAAAGAGGAGGACCCACUUGAUUACUUGCCAAAAGGGUUUAUUGAAAGAACCAAAGAUCAAGGUUUUGUGGUCCCAUCAUGGGCCCCACAAAUUGAAAUCCUAAGACACGAGUCCGUUGGUGGGUUUCUGACUCAUUGUGGUGGGAACUCCACGCCUGAGGGUGUUUUCUAA